UUUCGUAAUAUCCCCACACUACCCUAACAUUAACUAAAUAUCACAUUUCUUUAGUAAUGCUUUACGUCAAGGUGUUUCUUCAAUUACCACAACUCAACCAAUCAGAGAGCUGGAUGACUGAAACCGGUGGCGUCAUUUAUUUAAACAGGAAGUCAUACAUAUGUGGCGCGAAAUUCAAGCGUGUUGGCGUGGAUGGCCAUUUGUUUGUAAGUAUACGUGAUAAACACACGUUAUUAGGGGUAUAAGCAAUAUGAGAAACAUCUUUUGAGCUUAACGUUUUUGCUGGCAAUAAUAAAACAACUGGCGGGGGAACUAAUUAAUUUGACUUUUAGUGGGCUGCUUAUAGUAACCCUUUAUCCUACACUAGGCCUCUGACUUUAGAGGUGUGGGGGUGUAACUGUAAACUUGUUACCUCUAUGAACAAGCAGGCUUCACAUUUUGUGCAUAACAUCAGUCCAGAUUUUAGUACAGCACUGUUGUGCUCUCAGGUGUAAAAGGAUAUGGCAUUAUAAAAGAAGUCAUUCCCCAAACUCAGGCCCCAAGCAUGGCUACUUUAUGUGAUGGAAUCAGCCAGCAGCUAGAUUUUUCUAGUUGUGGAGAAGAGAGCAGCAGCAGCAGCGGUGACAACUCUGAUGACAGCACCUUCAGAGUCUACAGUCCCACCUCUGCCUGCAGGACCCCCAGAGCGCAACGUCACUUCAGUAGAAGCAACUCUUUAUGUUCCCCUCAGUACUGUACCAGCCCCAUACCUUACGCCUCCUGGAGGAAGCUGAGACUGUGUGACUCUCCCAGCACACCCAAGAGUUUGCUAUCAAAGUCCUCCCAGCCUUACUCCAGUCUUAAGAUAAGUCGUCAACAGCGAACUCUGCGUUUUGCCUCAGCUGCCGCAAACCUAAUCACAGCACCUCUUGUCAACGUGAAUCCUUUCACCCCAGACCCGGUGCGCAGGAACAGCGAGCAACAGUGGAGGAACAGUUGUAGAAGUGACGAUGAUGAUGACUGUGGCCGCAGGUUUAAACACAGCCUAACGUCAUCUGAAGAGGAUGAUGAAGCCUUUCUCCCACCAAAGAGACGAGCUGUCCAAGCCUUUAUGCUGUCACGCUAUGAGAGCGAAUUCCUGGAGCUAGAGUGCAUUGGUGUGGGUGAGUUUGGUGCAGUUUAUAAGUGUGUGAAGAGGCUGGAUGGUUGCUUGUACGCCAUCAAGCGCUCCAGACGACCCCUGGCAGGCUCUGCCAAUGAGCAGCUGGCCCUAAAGGAAGUGUAUGCACAUGCUGUGCUUGGGCACCACCCACAUGUUGUCCGAUAUUACUCAGCAUGGGCUGAGGAUGAUCACAUGAUUAUUCAGAAUGAAUACUGUGACGGUGGAAGUCUUAAUGGCGCUAUUGUAAAGAGGGAGGCAAACGGAGAGCUGUUCACAGAGGCAGAGUUGAAAGAUCUGCUACUGCAAGUGUCUGUGGGUCUAAAAUACAUCCAUGGCUCAGGCCUCGUUCACUUGGACAUCAAACCAAGUAAUAUAUUCAUUUGCCACCGCCCCAGCGCAAUUGUGAUGGGUGAGGGUGAGAGUGAAGAGGAAGAUGAUGGAAACCCUUCAGCCAGAAUCAUUUACAAAAUCGGUGAUCUGGGUCACGUGACAUCAGCCACCAGUCCUCAAGUUGAGGAGGGGGACAGCCGCUUUCUGGCCAGUGAAGUCCUGCAUGAGGAUUACAGUCACCUCCCCAAGGCGGACAUAUUUGCCCUGGGCCUUACGGUGCUGCUGGCUGCCGGGGCUUCUCCUCUGCCGCUAAAUGGAGAUCAGUGGCACAGUCUUAGAGAGGGGCGUCUCCCCAAGCUGCCACAGGAGCUCUCGCCUCCCUUUAGAUGUUUACUUCAGUUGUUGCUGGAACCAGACCCAACAAAGCGGCCAUCUGCCAGGGAGCUUUGCAAACACACAGUCUUGAGGGAGAAGAGGACUGAGAGGCUGGCUGCUCAGCUGCGAAGAGAGCUGAAUGUAGAGAGGUUCAGGACUGCCAUGCUUGAGAAAGAACUCCAGGAGGCCCGUCAGGCAGCUUUGUCACCCAAGCAGAACCACCUACAGGGCCACAGACCACCUGUCAAGAUGGGCUCCCUCCCCAGACCAGGGAGGAGGCUUGUUGGUAGAAAGACUGCAAGAUCCAUGAGCUUUGGUUGCCCAGGUUAUGAAGUCUGAUGAGAUGACGUGAAGCCUAAUUUUCUGUUUUUUGCUGUGGUGUUUACUGUGACACUCUGCCAAAAGGUUGUGGUAAAGAAUGCAGCAGGAGGCAAUGUAGCGUGACUCCAGCAGCAACCGUAACAGAGAUGAUUGCGACAUAAUCUUAUUUUACGUUGUGACUGAGACUUAAAGCAUUGGACAGAACUGUUUUAAUUAUAUUCUUGACUCAAACAUGUUCCAGGUGAUAAUUUUAACAUCUCAUAACAAGUGAAGACCAGUAUGCU